GGACGGCUCGCCGUUUCUUGCAACCACGCAGCUGCUCUUCUGCCUCCUCCAGAAGACUUGCUGCCUUCUUGCGUCUUCUUCCUCCCGCUCGUCUUUUCCUUUCUUUCUGCUCUCCCUUUCCGCUUGCUCUCCUUUGGUAAGGUCAGCCAGCGAGACCCACUCCACUCACCACAACCGGCCGACACCGGCUCUGCACCGUCCGUGGUCCCGAGAUCCGCUCCUGCGACCGCUGAUAACCGACCACUCGCGGCUUGUGUGAGCCUCAAUAACCGGCUAAACUCCAAGGUACAUUCACACUUCCUCUCCUUGCGACAUUCACCCAUAGUGCGAGUCGUCCCAACGCGUCGUCCCGGCUGGGCUUCGUGCGAGGAAAGGUGGCCCCCAUGCAAGCCCGUGGUAUCCACACCUUUCCUUUCCUGCACCACGUUGUCCCAGCGUCGGACGCCAGCUGCCUCUGUUCGAGGCCAUGUCCGCCAGCGAACAUGUUUGCUUUGCAGCCGUGUUGCGGGAUUCGACGGGUUGUACGUGCGGCUCGCCGUAUCCCAGCGCUGCCUCAAGACUUGUGUUCGGAAAAAUUGCUUGGGCAGCAGCCGUCACUCAGCCAUCCAGCUGCCGAAUGUUUCGCAGGCUGUAAGAGGCGACUGUUGGCUGAUGACGCUACCCCCAAAGCUUUCGUAUGCUGUCCCCCAGCGGCUUCUCAUGUGCCGUUGAUAUAAUAUUCCAGGCCUUGGACGCGCCAAUUGACGUUGGGACGCCGUGAUUGUUGCUAACCAAAAAUUUUUCUCCCCUUUGCUAACGUUCCAAGUGCUCAGAGACUUCUAGAUUGCAUCUCCAGCGCUUCGCUAUCCUAGUCUGCGAAACGAGCAGCAGAACUAACUCCUUCUAUUGUUGCUCACCCAAGCUAACGGACGCUUAACACGCCCAGCCUUGUUCUGUACAGCUCACCAGCGUCGUCUCGUGCUUUGCAAAACUGAGGCGAAUCGAGCAAUGUCCACCUCCACUCUUGCAGACGCUGCUAAAACAAAAUCAACCAAGGCUUUGAACGCUCUUAAGGAAACACCCAACAUGGCGAAGCAAGCGGCGGAAAAUCCCAAGCAGGUCAGUCAGGACUUCCUGCACACGCCGUUCAUGCGAGCAGCGUUGCCCUUUAUAAACGGAGGCAUUGCGGGCAUGACUGCCACCACUGUGGUUCAACCAAUUGAUAUGAUUAAAGUGCGCCUACAACUGGCUGGUGAAGGUGUCAAGACGGGCCCUAAACCGACCCCAUUGGGCAUUACCAAAGACAUUAUUGCGCAGGGCAAGGUGCUUGAUCUGUACACAGGUCUGAGUGCCGGCUUGCUGAGGCAAGCUGUGUACACGACCGCGCGUUUGGGCUUCUUUGACACCUUUAUGAAUGCCCUGACCGCGAGGGCCGAGACCAAGGGUAACAAAGUUGGCUUUGCCGAGCGCGCAAGCGCAGGUCUGGCGGCUGGUGGACUCGCAGCCUUUGUUGGCAAUCCGGCAGAUUUGGCGCUCAUCCGCAUGCAGUCCGACGGCCUGAAACCGCCGGCAGAGCGAGCAAAUUACAAGUCGGUCAUCGAUGCACUCGUACGGAUAUCCAAGAAUGAGGGCGUGACCGCACUGUGGGCAGGCUGCUACCCGACUGUAGUUCGUGCCAUGGCGCUGAACUUUGGUCAACUGGCCUUCUUUUCUGAGGCGAAACAACGACUGGCUGGCUCGAAGCUGAGUGGACAGGCUCAGACAUUGACUGCGUCCGCCAUAGCCGGCUUCUUCGCGUCCUUCUUCAGCUUACCUUUUGACUUCGUCAAGACGAGGUUGCAGAAGCAAACAAAGCGACCAGACGGCACGCUACCUUACAAGGGCAUGAUGGAUUGUUUUGCAAAAGUUGCACGGGAUGAAGGCCUGUUGCGGUUCUACCGUGGAUUCUCGACGUACUAUGUGCGCAUUGCGCCGCAUGCAAUGGUGACUUUGAUCGUCGCCGACUACCUUGGCUUCAUUACGAAGUGAGCGAAGUAUGCUAUUCGUGUUCGCUAAACCGAUGGCGUUUCCACCCUACGCAACCUCUGAGCACUUCAACACGGCGUCACUGCUUAUACAAGGCAUCUCUGGUAACCGUUGGACGCAUGCAUAAAAAGAACAUGCAUACUAUAAGGCGAGAGACGAAGCUUCUACCACGCAUAUAUAUUCCUUCCGAAGACCGCCAUUUUACCACCUUUAAUGGUCCUAGGAAUUUUCCGGUCCCUAUCGGUAGAUAUAAACAGGUAUCGUGGGGCAGGCGUUCUGGUGUGGAGGUCAAGUGAGUACCCUAGGAGAGUAGCUAGCUUUUCAUUUUUUUUUUUCUGGAAUCUGUGUGGUAAGAGCUGCUCCUGCAACGUAUACUCGUGAGCCGCGAGAGAACUUGCGAGCAGUGUACAUAACUAUCUGAAUUGACGUGAUGACGAAUUUGGUAUUGGUCAGCUUGGCACGGUGCUCUAAGAAUGGUCCACUGAAGCUCAUCGUGGAUCUCUUUUAUUUUCAUGCUCUUCAACUUUUAUAACCUUGAG